AUUUCAGUUGAUUGGGAAACUCUGGGUUGGCUGGGUUCUAUGGUGAAGGAGUGUGCAGUAACAUUGGGUACUCAGGAGUUUCUGCGAACUCGUAGAAAAGGGGACACUGUGAUAAUAGUGAGGAAGGGACGUAACUUUAAUGGUACUUUUAUCUCCAUCUCAGAAUUUGGUCGUGAUAAGAGGAGAGGAUUGCUUGUGAUUCUGGAAGGAAGGAAGGGGGAGGGAUGGAAGAAGCUUGCUGAUAUUUUAAUGGAGAUGGCUGAUAUCCAGAUAGUUGCUGCAAAGAAGAACAAAGGUGAGGGAGGUGCUCCAUCAUCGUGGGCAGGAGGUGCAAGGUCGUACAGUGAGGUGCUGAAGAAGGUACCGUAUCGUGCUGCAUUAGACGUGGUGUCAGGUGUAACCAUCUCUGAGGACGUGCAGCGGCAUGGUGUAGCAGAAAGCAGAUUGGCGGGGCUAAAUGAGGAAAGCAUUUUGAAGAUGUUAGCUGGAUUGGAGGAGAAGAUCGGCAUUGUGUUAGAUGAAAUAAAUUAUCUAAAACGCUGCGUUAAAGGUAAGGAGGUGGCGGGCCGAAAUGGUGGGCUUGGUAUGGGUCUGGGCAGAGCGAUGGGCUUGGGCAAGGGUCAGCCAUCAGGCCCUGUGAAGGCCUGGAGGGCAGUGGAGAUAGUUGGGUCGGGGAAGGUUCUCGGAUCCGAGAUAUCGGACCAGGGACAGCGGGUGGCGCCGAUAAGUUCAUUACCGGCAACCCUGCCGGCACAGAAGCUGCCGACAACCUCGGUCGAACCCUCUGGUGAGACGGAAAAGGAGAUCCGACUCGGAUCCGAGAUUUUGGACCAGGGUCAUGUUGCUCCUGUGGCGCCGAUAAGUGCAUUAUUGGCAACCCUGCCGGCACAGAAGUUGCCGACACCCUCGGUCGACCACUCAGGUGAGACGGUAAAGGAGUUCCGACGGGAAGAGGUAGAGGAGGGGGAGUUUCUGGCGUUAACUUCUGCGUCUGUGGAGAAUGGACUAUCGGAACUGUGUGUGGUGGACGAAGUCCCAGAAGUGGUGCACGAGCAGUCUGGCUUGAGGGAUAGAGAGAUGUCUCUUUGCGGUGAGGUGUUUUCGCGGGAUAGUGAUGUGGUUCAGAGUGGUCUUCCACUUUUGGUGAUGAGUAGACCUGAUGAGUUAUUUUAUGGGGAUGAUUCUCCUCUUAAUAAUAUGGUUUUAAGUGGUGAAACAAAUAAGCUGGAUGUUUCGGAACUGAUUUUGCAUAUUUGA